UCCUCUCUUCCCCUCUCUGUUUGGUUCCCUAGAAACCGCAGGAAAAUUUUCUCAAUCAAUUUCUUCUUUUGAAUCUUAAUAGUUAAAUCCAGAUUUCAGGAGAUAAAAUGAUGUCGAAUAUAACAGUAUGCGCUCGCUUCAGGCCGUUGAGCGCCAAGGAGAGAAAAGACAGCUGCGACAGCAUCUGCAUUAGCAGCAUAGACAGUGAAUCUUUCAUUUUCAAGGAUGAGAAAGAUGAGUGUACAUAUAGCUUUGAUAAGGUGUUUUAUGAGGAAUCUAUGCAAGCUGAUGUGUAUGAAUUUUUAGCUCUGCCUAUUGUUAAAGAUGCUGUUAAAGGAGUAAAUGGGACAAUCAUUACUUAUGGACAGACUGGAGCUGGGAAGACAUAUAGCGUGGAGGGGCCCAGCAUCUUAGAAUGUGAUGUGCAAAAGAAAGGAUUACUUCCAAGAGUAGUGGAUGGACUAUUCGAGUGUAUUAAAUCUGCUGAUGAGUCAACAAAAUACACAAUCAAAUUAUCAAUGGUAGAGAUCUACAUGGAGAAAGUCAGGGACCUCCUUGAUUUAACAAAGGACAACAUACAGAUUAAAGAGAACAAAGAGCAAGAAAUAUUGCUAUCAGGAGUUACAGAGAUCACCAUAUCAGACCCGGAAGGAGCUUUGCAAAGUCUAUCUGAUGGGAUAGUUAACAGAGCAGUUGGAGAGACUCACAUGAACGUUGGCAGCAGCAGAAGUCAUUGUAUUUACAUUUUGACUGUUCAGCUAGAGUCGACUACAGAUAAGAGGGUGAAAACUGGAAAAGUAAUUCUUGUGGACUUGGCGGGGUCUGAAAAGGUAGAGAAAACUGGAGCUGAAGGAAAAGUUCUUGAAGAAUCUAAGACAAUCAACAAAUCCCUAUCAGCUCUAGGAAAUGUAAUAAAUGCCCUGACAUGUGGUCCAUCGACCAGAUCAAGCCAUAUUCCUUUUCGUGAUUCAAAACUUACUCGGAUUCUACAAGAUGCUCUUGGAGGGAACUCCAGGACUGCUUUGCUGUGCUGUUGCUCACCGAGCGCUUCAAAUGCAUCGGAAACUCUGUCUACCAUUCGCUUUGGUAUGAGGGCAAAGCAUAUAAAAGCAUCACCUUUAGUCAGCCGCAAAGAAGAUAAACAUGCCAAAAAACAUGGAGAUAUCACCCCAACUAAAGAUGAGUCAUGUGACCGAAUUCUAAAUAAGUUGAGGGAGAGACUGGAAGAGGAAGAUGUGAAGUUACUUGAGGAGUUAUUCAUACUGGAAGGAUUAUUCUUUGACGUUACUUCAGGAGAAGAUCUGGAAUCAGCCUAUCAAGAUGUUACUUCAUGGACAAUUUCCUCAUUACAACAGGCAGUAGAAGAGCUCAUAUACACUGUCGAGGAGCUUAAGAGAGAGAAUAAGGAUCUUAAGGCCAGACUGGCAGAUGCAGAAAGGUUUAACGCCAUGCGCAAGAAGACUGAAGAUAGCGCUGGAGUUCUGCUUAAGAUUUCAGGAAUUAUCAGCUUCUUAUUUUCAUGGGCUGGGUCAUUCAGCCCUCUGAAGAUGCCGAGUUGAAACCAUGUGGCUAAUUCGGCGCUGGCAAGUGCAAUAAUAAGGGUAUGUCACUCUAUCAUGGGAAACUUGUACAUGAUAGUUUCUGAUUCUGCCAAAUACUGCAAUUGACAUACGAACUUCGGCUUUAUAAUAUAUGGCAUCUACUUAAACAUGGAAUGGACGGUAUCAAAGAAACCCUGUACUGUAAAGAUAUAAAAUACGGUAGUUUCUGGUCCAUCCAAAAUGUAUGAUUGAUUUGCCACUCUCUUUUGAGUCUGUGCUGUAGUUUUUUGGUUACUGAUACGAAUAAUCAUGUUUCUUUCUGAAGUUAAUUACAGUUUUGGUAAUA